CGUACUGUGAGGAGAUGACAGGGGACCGGCGGCUGGUGACUGAGAGCAGAGGACAGUGAGGGGCAUCUGGGGAGUCACCACAGCUAAGCUUACAUGGCUUUACAGUUAUAUGGUUUCUAACUUUUUAUCAUUCAAUGGUGCAAGAGAAGAUAAGAAACUUUGUAAAAUCCUUCUUUCUCCACUCUCUCCUAAAUUCUGGAAAUCUCCUGCAAGUCAAUCCUGUGACUAUCCAGCUGCUGAAAGACUACAACUCUCAUCAUGCCCUGACAACCGAAGGCGACUGCUGUAUAGGCUUAGCUUGGGGAGCACUGAUCCUGAUGGAGCAUUGGCUCAGUGAGGUCGCAGAUUACAGCUGCCCAUAGAGGUCUAUGGAGGGGAGACGGGGCUGGAAACGUCUCCUAAAGCAAUGUUCACAUGUGCAUCAGAGCAUUCAUCACAGAUCCUCUAAAAUGCUGGACAAUAUAGCCUGGCUCAGUGUUCUUUUUUUUUGUUUGUCCCGUAAAAUACUGGCCACUUAUGGAAACCCAAUGCACCCCUUUAAUGGCAAUGGGGUUUAUCGGGUAUCAUUGUUAUGCAGCAGAUGAUUGUUUUACUCCUAUGACAGAUGUGAACGUAGCCUAAGUGACAUGUCACCCUAGGGCUUGAAUCGCAGCAUAGACUGUUUAGUACUGCUCUAUUAUGUCCUUCAUGCUGUUGCUGUGGGAUCCCCUUUUUAGUAUGUGUGCAGUAGAUGAGACCUCAUAGAGCAGUGUCUUUUAACCAGGAUUCCUCCAUUUGUUGCCGGAGGUACCUUGGUUAGAAAACCCUGUCAUAGAGGAUAGGCUCUAUCCAUUAGUUCAGGGACGACUUAAAAUAAAAUGAGGGUAACUGGUGACGGAUGCUAUAUACAAGUUAGAUAAUGUCCAAAAUUAGUGCUGCUACUCGUUCCUCAUGUAGUCACAUGACAGCCUGUCCUGAAAUGAUAGGGUCCUGCAGGCAGGUUGGCAUACUGCCCUCCAACCUCACAUAUCAUAAUGUUGGAACUUGAUGUACUGGAGCAGGGACCUCUUAACCUCUUGGAACCUUCUGUGAGCAGGACUGUCACACACAGGUGGCCUAUAAUACAUGUCCCUUUCAUCCAUGAGCUCAAAGUUGAUCCAGAUACUAGUAGCCUGGAUCAGGUAUUGCUGCAAGUAAAUGUGCAAGGGCAGCACUACUCACUUCCAGAAAUCAGUGAGGACCCCACAAUUCCUGCAGAGCUGGCUCCUUGUGCUAAAAAAGAUACAGAAGAGCUAUUAAUUGUAAAAUCUGCUGUGAUGUUGGAUACAGUGGAGAAAGCGAGCCCAAUGGAGCUUUGUGAUUCUGCUCAGAAUAUGAUGUUGCAGGAAUCAGGUGCAUCUUCAGAUUUGCAGGUCAGAGAGGACGUUUUUGAAAUCACAAUUGCACAUGACCGUACAGAUCCUCUCCAUAUGAAAGAUAAUCAUACUUUGAACGGUCCUGCCUCCAAGAUGAAUGAUAAUGGUACAGGUACGGAAGUCAUGGGCAAUGGGGCAGUUUUACAAUCAAAACAGAGUGAGAGAGUAGGUAAUCUGCCAAAUGAACCACUUAGUGAUGAGUCCUCAGGCCUGGAAAUAUCUAAUUCUGUCAAAGGGUUAACAGAAACUCUCAGCUUAGCAGCCUCAAAGAGCAACACAUCAGUAGAUGAGUCUCCUGAAGGAGUUCUUCAUGAUGAAUGUCACCAAUGCUCAGCUCCUAACAAAAGUGAUGAAGAUUCUAUAAAGUGCCUUGAAGUUGAAAACUUGACAUGGCUUCAGAGUCCAUCUACUCCAAGAACUAUUGGCGUUGUUGAUUUUUCAGAAGUCCCUUCAAGUUUUCAAGAAACCCUGAUUAGCAAAGAGCCGCUUAUUUGCUGUGUAAAAGUCUGUUUAGAAACUUGCCUUUUGGAAAGACCAGAACCAAAUACAGAUGAUGAUGAUGAUGAUAUCAAUGCAUCGAAAGAAAAUAUGCCAAGAGAUAUGGACUCUACUGUGAUCAUGGAGUCUGUUCAGCAAGAAAUUGAGAACACCUCAUCCGAUAAACAAAAUGACAUCUCGGCCGCAUAUCUUUCUGACACCAUUUCUUUAGCGGUUUCUAAUGCAGGACUCCAACAUAUUCAGUCUGACACCUCAAAGGUUGAACAUGAUAGUACAUCACCAGGGAACUUAAAAGAUUACCUUUUUUUUAAACCAAAUCUUCCACCUUGUUUUGAAAAUUUGACUGGUGCCAAAGCACUUGACAAUGAAGAAUGUUCACUUUCUUCUAGCAUAAGUGAUUGUAACAGCGCAUCGGAUUGUGACAACAAACAAACAUGUGCCAAUAAAGAAAGUCUGACCCACAAUUCAGAUCCAAGUGCACACAAUGUAUUGUGUUCCACUCCAGCGAUGUGUGGCAAGCCUUCAUAUGCAAAAUCUGCAAGUACCUCUUCAGUUGAAGGCAGUGAGCCUUCUUUUAUUGGAUUUACCUCUCCUACUAGAGAUUCAGACCUAGGUGGGAAUACAGGCAUUAACUGUUCUACAGUUUCCUCAUCUUCUAGCUUUGACAGACAGUUAAGGAUUACAGGGCCCAAUGUAAAUUCUCAUUGCUUGUCUAUGGAGACAGAAGGAAAUCAGUGCACCAUCCCACAGACAAUGAAGUUACGUCCAGCAGAGGGAACUAAGAAACUCAUCCAGUCAGAGGGGCUUUGUGACUUGGUAUCAGUUGUAACAAAUAAUGAAAACUCAUCCAUUAAAAUUGUUGAAGAUUCUCACUGUUUGGUGGACACAGAAGACUCAAGUUUUGUGUUUGUUCAUGAUAUCAAUUGUGGUGAGACUAUGCUAUCUUCUCACACACAGUUAGGUUUGUUAGAAACAAAUAAAGAAACCGAUGACUUGAAAGUGCCUUGUCCAAGAGUAACCUUCAUUUCUAAUGAAACUCCAUCGUAUGCUCUUGUACCUUACAUAGAUAUAUGGGGUUCUCUCUCAAAGCCUGAAGUAAAAUCAAUGUUGUCCUUGACAGAAUCCAAAAAUGUUAUCGAUGAAACAGUUGAACGGACAAAGGACAAAGAUGAAUUAAAUUGCAGUGUUCGAGAAGAGAAACCUGAAGCUUCUAUGGAAGAUUGUAUGCCGCAAGCAUUCAGGAGCCCACAGGAAGUUAAAGCCCCGAGUCACUCUGGUCAUAAAUGUGAAAAUAAGCCAAUUUUUGAUUUUGACAGCAGACUGGAUCCAUUAUUGGUACAAGAGGUUAAGUGUAAUGUUUCAGCACAGUCCGUUCCUUGCCUUGUUGAGUGCCAUAGUAAAAUGCAUGGCAACAGACUAUUCAGUGUACCCUCCACCAUCAACCAGUCAGAAGGCAUUUGCCUUUUAAAUUCUAGUGUUUUAUGUACAUCUACAAUCACAGAAGAAUCGCACAAUGUGUCUGUAUUACCUAAGAUAGCUGAUGUCAGACAGGCAGGUGACACACUUCAAAGUGAACAAACAAAUGCGUGCUUCCUAAAAGAUAACCACACUCCCCAUCUGUCUCUUUUUAGUAAGCAUCUUGGUAACCAUUCUGCUUUAUUACCCUCUCUGCCAGAAGCUUCUGUAGCUGUGACUGAGAACAAGAGACAGAAAAGCCAUGGUGAUAUUUUUUUAGGUAACUUACAAUUGCAAGUCACUAACCAUGCUGAGUCAUCUGUACAAAUACAGAAUGGUCUAAAUAAAUCUCUUUCAUUAAAGCAAGAUACAGAACUUGAGCCAGGAUACAUCUCCACUCUUGAAGAGUCUGUUCCAGCUUCACAUCUUGCACGGUGUGUGCAGAUUCCAGCAGCAGACAUUAUUGAUACGACACAAAGUAAGAAGACAGGGGUGUUAAACAAAAAGGAAAGCCUAUUUAUGCUGCAUACAGAGAAUUUUAUGCCACAUGAGAGAGAGCCCACUCCAGGGAAAGCAGAUGGUACAAUUGCCACUAAAGUUAGACAAGUUAGGUCCCAGAGAAAUGUAUUAAAGGCAGAAAGUAAAAUAUGCAAAAAGUCACAAAAUUCCCAGUUAUUAAACGAGAGACAAUCUGCGAAUUGCUACAUGGAGAUGUUGAGUGGGUCUGCUGAAAACAGGAAGAAGUAUAAUCUGAGACCUGCACCUCAAAGCCUUAAUCCUACUUCACAGGAAGCAAAGAGACCAAAGAUUUCUGAUGAAAAGGGUGUCAGUUGUGCCAGUUCUGGCCUGCCAAACUGUGCUGACAAGAUUUUAGAAAGCCACCACCUCUCUCAGCCUAGACAAGCUUGUAAAAGAAAGGAACCUUUAAUUGCCAUCAGAAAUGGCUCUUGUGCAGGCACCAACUUCUCUGUGAAAAGACAGCCAAGCAGAAAAUGUAAGAGUUUUUAUGCCCAAGAAAGCUUUCAAAUAAACAGCCACACUCAGGCCUGUAAGACUUCAACAGUUUUGAAAGUCCAUAACUCCCAUGAUAUCAGUGUUGGAUACAGAUCUCUGCCAUCCAAACAAGUAGAUUUAAAUUUAAUUCCAAAGCCUCACUAUCACAAAAGGACUAGGGCAGUUGCAGUUUUUCAAAAGCCUACACAUGUACUGAAAGGCACCCAAGAUCAGAUGUUGCUGAACAAGUUAUCCAGAAUUGCUAAUAGACUGACUGCUCCAUCCAAAGCUUCCUGUACAUUAAAAACUAAAACCUUCUCCAGCAACAUGAAAGUUAUUCCAUUUCGUGGUGUGAAGAUGCAAGCAAGGAAGCUGCUGAAUGUCUUUUCAUGUGUCAGUAUGAGAAUGAACUCCGAGCUGGGGCAACUUUGGCAAGAAAAUGUGUGCCUUACGUCAAACAGAGACCGCCGUGUUUGUCAGUCUAUGAAUCUUUACCCUACAUCUUUCCAGAAGACUUACUCAAACAGUCUAGAUGAUGCGUUUUCUUUAAGUACUUGUAGUGAUUUACCAUUCCCUGUCUCUUUUCAUGUGAAAAUAGAUCCUACUUAUUUGUCAGACUUUCUAAAAUUUAACCCCCCAGAUUUUAUUUUAAGAAAUCCUCAGCCUGCUGCUCGAUCAUCAGACCUUUCUGAAUGGACACUGUCACUAUUCCUUUCUUCUCACAUGCCGGCAGACACUGGGAAUGUCCACCUCCUCACACAGUGGAACCCACAAUUUAAGGCUUUAGAAUCGAGUUCAGAGUCCAGCCAUAGGAGGAAGUCUGUCAUAAAGUCUGGAUGUUCAAUGCAUGGUCUUCACACAGUACUUGCACUUUCAUCCCCUGGGUGUUACAGGUUGUGGACUAGGAGAAGAAAUCUUGGUAGCCGAAUUCCCACCAUCCAAAAACUUUCUGUGACGCAAUUUGCACAAGGACUUAAGGGAUCAUCACCACAAUUUUCACAAAGUAAAGACAAAUUUUCUUCAUUAGCAUUUUCUUUGGGCCGUGUUCUUUCUACUUGGAGUCAACAUGGCUUAUCUGCCUUCUCUUCUGCCUGUACCAACACACAUCCAAACGGCAGUGUUUGGCUACCAAGCCAGAGCAGCAACAUCAUCAGUGUAUGUAAAAGUCCAAGUCCAUUGGCUUGUUUUCCUCCACUGCCUCCGAAUCCUGUUCCUCAAUCUAAUACAUACAGUUUACCUGUUGAAAACCUAAACCUUACUUUGAAACCAGUGAUCUGUCAACUAGAACAUCUGGGCCCUCCAGUUGGUUUGUCCUCUCCAAAACAAAAUGAUCCAACAUCCCUUUGUCGGUUGCCUUCUUGGAACAAGAAUAAUGAAGAAUUUUCAAGUUGGUUCUUUCAACAGAAAGAUGUCUCAAAACAUUCCUUAACUUCUACCAUCAAAGAUGAAGGCUUAAAAUUGCCACUUUACCCAUCCACUCUGCAAAAGAAUAAUCUAGAAAGUCCACUUGGUUUGUCUCCCCUGAAACAUGACCAAAAACCUGUAGUUAAUGUCACUUUGCAGAAAGAUCGAAUCCUUACAAUUUGCUCAUACACACAGUGUGAUGUGUCCAUUCAGAAAGAUGCUGCUGUGCAUCAUUCUUGUCCUGAGAUACCACCUAAGGGCCCAGCAAGUCCUUUUGAAGAAAAAGAAGAAAUAAUCAUCCCCUGCACACACAAUCUGAACAAGGACCAGGGCAAUGAGAAAGGAUCUUUUGAACGGAAGCCUCAACGUGUCUCUCAAAUUCGAAUCAGAAAAACUAUUCCCAAACCAGAUCCAAAUCUGACACCAAUGGGUCUCCCAAAACCAAAAAGAGUAAACAAGAAAGAGUUCAGUUUGGAGGAUAUUUACACCAACAAGAAUUACAAGUCUCCACCACCAGCUCGAAGCCUUGAAACAAUAUUUGAAGAGCCCAAAGAAAAGAACGGGAUCUUAAUUUCUGUCUCCCAGCAAAAGAGGAAACGUAUCCUGGAGUUUAGAGACUGCACAGUUCCGAGAGUCAAGCGACCAAAAGGCAAAGCGCGAGUAAUGACCAGCUGCAAGCGAGGGAGGAAAGCUGCCAUGGAGGGGGUACAGCUCGAUGCUCUUCUGAUACAGAAACUCAUGGACCUAGAAAACUGUCUGUUAGCGGAGGAAGCCAUGGAAAGGGGUUCAGCAGCUUCUGAAAUGCCAAGCUGAUACAGACUGAUAACUUGGCACAGGUUCAUCUAUCCUUUUAUAAAUGUUUAAUCUGUCCAGUUAAAUUAAGAAUCUUAAUGACACAAACAUUUUGAACAGGUUUUUGUUGGAUUUUCCUAUUUCUGCCACUGGAAGAGUGAAAACGUUCUUAGUCCUAAAAUAUUCUGGUCUGUUUUUAUUACAACCGUACCAAAGGAGCACACGACGCAGAGAUCAGAGCUUUGGCAUCAGGAAAUGCGCUUUAAGUUAAGGGACGUGGCUGUACACUUGGGCGUAGUCUAUAAUCACUUUUUUUUUUUUUUUGGAAGAUGGUCCUUAAUAAACCAUCCAAACUCUGCACUGGAAAGUGAAGAAUAGCAUUAAUGCACUUAAAUGAUAUUGUCUAUAUUUAUAAAUAUAUAUUCAUAGUUUUAAUGCAAAAGAAAGCAGAUUUUAGUAUUCUUAAGUUCUAAUCAGGUUGAUAAGCUGUCGCUUGAUGCAGGUUUGUGCCUCCCUCUAUUUAAUAAACUGUACAUAUGGUGCAGUGGUUGGUUGGUUUGUUUGUUUGUUUGUUUUUUGGCAUGAAGUGCACGUUUUGGUUAUAGUCCAUGAUUCCUUUAGGCUGGAAUUACACAUGCAGUUUUUGAUGUAGGGUUUUUUUUUUUUGUUUGCUUUUUAAGCAAAA